GUAUUGUACUAAUGUUUUUAGUCAUGUUUUCGAGACCUAAAAGAAGAGGUCAAUUUAAAAUAUAGAAUGAGAUUUUAUAAUCUCAAUGAAAAGUCUAUAGCCCUCGAUACAACAAAUAAAAACAUUUCAACUAAAAAAUCUAAAACCCUAAAACAACCACUCAUCAAAUCAAAACCCUCAUUGCAUAGGAAACAAAUAGCAGCGCACUGAACAUAGCAGGCCGGAAAACGCCGGCGGACUUGGUCGGCGCAGGGAGCAUCUCCACCUCCAGAAACAGAGACAAAUCCGUCUAGGUGAGAGAAGAAGAAGAAGAUGAAGACUCUUUCGGGACGAUGUGAAUCAUCUAAAGAGAUAUCACUUUCCAAAGCUACCAAAAUUCUCUCCAAAUUUGUCUCCGCUGACAACGGUGCUUCGCAAGUCAUCAAUGCUUAUCUCCAUCGUGCCUCGGAUGCUUUCAAUGAGCUCAACCAGCUUCAUAGGGAGCUUAAACCCUCCUCGCAGUCUCGUAGGAAGAAAAGCCGAAGCCACACGACAGAUGAUAGUGGGAGAGUAGGUGAAAGUUCUUUUAUAAGUGCUCAUGUGAAAUCUGAAAUCGGGAUUAUAAGGGAAAAGGUUCGUGGUGAGAAAGAGAAUGUUAAUGAAAAGUCAAUUGAGAAUGAUGUUAAAUUGAGUCCAGAAAUUAAUGGUUCUGUUGUGGGUGGAAGUGAGAAGCCUAGUAAGAAAGAUAAAAAGAAGAGUGAAUUUGGAGACAAGGAAGGUGCUGGAAAACUACCGAAAAAGGAGCAAAAUGAAAAUAAAUUGGGUCAGGGCGAUGAAGGAAUGGAGGAGGGAAAGAAACCGAAAAAGGACAAGAAGAAGAAGGACAAGAAUCUAGAAGGUGAGAAUGCAAAGGGACGAGAACAACAGAAAGAUAUAGAAACAAAGAUAAGUAACACUGGAAAAGUAGCUGCUAGGGUAAAAAAUGAAAUUGAAUUAAGUCAGGGCAGUGAAGGAGGAACGGAUGAGGGAAAGAAGAAAAAAAAGGAGAAGAAGAAGAAGGAGAAGAAUCUAGAAGGUGAGAAUGCAGAGGAACAAAAACAACAGAAAGAUAUAGAGAAAAAGAUGAGCAACAAUGUGAAGGUUGAAAAUGGAGGGCUGGUUGUUCCUCAGGAUAUAGAAAUUAGGUCCAAAAAGAGACAUGAAGCAGGGAGUGAGAAUAAAUUACAAGCUGAAGAGAUAAAGACGGAGCAAAGGAAGAAGAAGAGGAAGAAUGAAGAUGUGGAAGAUAGAUCCGAGGAACAGUCCAAGAAGAAAAUGAAAAGGAAACAUGAGGGUCAAGCUUAAAUUUAGUCUUACAACUCUUACUACAACAAAAUACAAUUUUUCAAGGUAACCCGAUAUCACGGACUCACAUUCUGGAGGCUUGCUUCCCCAAAGUUUGGUGUUUGGUAGUUGCGCACACCAGAGGAGAGAUUGCCACCACUCCUUCAUAGUUGCACCCAAAACUCUUGCCACCCCUCCACAUCAUGCCUCUGACACCAACCAAUGUGGUUUCCGUUUGCCCAUCUAACUCCAUCAUGACACUCAGCCUUUGCUGUCAGACAGUCCACUCACAACUGUCCACCACCGCAUAAUUUCUUCUUUUGUAUGGAGGAGGAUCCUCUGACUUUAGUGCGGGAACUGCACUCUGCCUUUCCCUCUAUCUCUCUCUAAAAUGGCAGUACUUCUCUUGUUGUUUCCCUCCUUUUCUCCAUAACUUUUUCACCUCUCUCUUAAUUUGCCUAAAGUUAGGGGAAGUUAGAGAGACCAAAGUUAGAGGAUCUGCUUCCGUGUUUAGGGAUAUUGUCCUCUGUAGCCACUGGCGUUUUGUGUCCUGGUGGAGAUUUAUCAUUUGUAUUUGAUGAUGUUUUUAUGCCUUCUCUGAUGGCUUCCUUAACUAGUGCUCAUUUGAAUUGUUAGACGAAAGAUCUUUGUGACACAUUUUUCUACUA